AUGCUUGUCAAGUCUUAUUAUCGCCCUGAACUUCCCUACCUGGGUAUCACGUUCCUAUUUCCAAUCUGCGUGAAGUUCUUUCAUCUCCCUCACCCCGUCCCCUCCUUUAUCAAUAUUUCGUUUACGCGCAAAAGUAACCUGAGUCUCUCCGUCAUCAACUUCUUCUUCUACUUCCCCCCAAGAUUCUACCUUCACCAACUAUUCCAACCUUGGGAGGUUGUCCCGCGCGAGCUCCUUCCCUCCCCAUACCGCUCCUUCCCUAGCACAGCCUUGGCAUCCCAUUCUCCCAUUACAACGCGAACACUCCCCGGCAACGAACCACACGCGCUGUUUUUUUAUUAUUUCCAAACUUGUCUGGCAACACCAUUGGGCACCGCAAUUUUCUUCGGCAACAACGAUACACCUCUCGGGUCGUCUGUGAGAAUGGGUUGGGAUACGGGCAAUGACGCUAGGGCUUCGGCUUGGAAUGUUGAUACUGUCGGUGGGGGCGCUGAUGUGUGGAACACUGGAGGUGCUGCUGCCGCCGGCUCCUGGGGUGGCGGUGAUGAUAUCGCUGGCUCCUGGGGUGCUACCGGCGCUGGCGGUGAUGGAGGCGACCAAACUUGUCGUGUCUGUCAUCAGACGGGCCACUUCGCUCGCGACUGCCCCGAAGCCCCUGCUGGUGGCGGUCUCACUGGCGAAUGCUACAACUGCGGCGAAGUGGGUCACAACAAGGCCGACUGUACUAACCCACGUGUAGAGCGCGCAUUCACUGGUACUUGCAACGGCUGCGGAGUAGAGGGCCAUACUAUUCGAGACUGCCCCAGCCAGAAGUGCAAACUCUGUGAUCAGCCUGGGCAUCGGGCUCUCGAAUGCAAGUCUCGCCGCAUUGUCAACUGGACCGGCAUCCCAGAACUCGAUGAUGUCUCCGCUUGGGCUGCGUUGAUCGACGCUGCCAAUGCAAUGGACUUGGACACGUUCAGGACUUGUCUAAGGGCCUACGCUCGCGCCACAAUGGACAAGUUCAGUCUGCCUGAUGUCGAAAAGGCUCUCCGGGAGGAUAACAAGGGCAUUUAUCUCAUCGCUAAGCCUCAGGAGCUGGCUGCGAACUUGACUAUUGUUGAUCUCGUCGGCAAUCCCGAUCGCGACUAUGUCCUCUCUUUUCAGAAAUUUGCCAAACCUCGUCGCGUAAAGAUGGCAGAAGGCUGGCCCGCCUCGCCUGAAGAGAAUAUGGUACGCCUUAGCUCCGCUGGCUUCGUCGAGGACCGUGGUGUUCCGCUUUGCGGCAACUGCGGUGAACUUGGCCAUGUUCGCAAGCACUGCAAGCAAGAGCAGCCUGAACGCCAGAGCCACCAGCCAGAAAUCACUUGUGUCAAUUGUCAUGAGAUUGGACAUCGUGCGCGCGACUGCAACAAGGAACGCUUAAACCCACAUGCGUGCAGGAAUUGCAAGAAGGAUGGCCACAAUUCCAAGGAUUGCCCUGAGCCUCGUUCCGCCGAGGGUGUUGAGUGUCGUAAAUGCAUGCAGACUGGUCACUUCUCCAAGGAUUGUCCUAACGUUGCGGCGCGAACCUGCCGUAACUGCGACUCGACUGAGCACAUUGCCAAGGACUGCGAUCAGCCGAAAAACCCCGACAAGACUCAGUGCCGCAACUGUGAUUUGACUGGUCAUUUCUCUAGGGAUUGCCCCAAGCCUCGUGACUACUCCAGGGUCAAGUGCAGCAACUGUGGUGACAUGGGACAUACUAUCAAGCGCUGCAAUGCCCCUAUUGCCGAAGAUGACGGUGACGCUGGUGGUGGUGGUUGGGGUGAUGUCGGCGGUACAACUGACGCUGCUCCUGCUAUUGGUACAGGCGAGAACUCUUGGGAUACCGGCGGUGGCGUCUGGUAA